AUGAGAAAUUUGAGUGGAGACGGCAUAGUAGAGUUUGUUCUCGUGGACUUCCCUACCUCCCCACCCCUUCAGCUGCUCCUCUUUGUACUCUUCCUUGUAAUUUUUUUGUUGACAUUGUUGGAGAAUGCACUCAUUGUUUCCACCAUCUGGCUCACUCCAAGUCUUCAUCGUCCAAUGUACUUUUUCCUUGGCCAUCUCUCCUUCCUGGAGCUAUGGUAUAUCAAUGUCACUGUUCCCCGACUCUUGGGGGCAUUUCUUACCCAGGAGCAUAGAGUCUCCUAUGUAGGUUGUAUGACCCAACUCUAUUUCUUCAUUGCCUUAGCUUGCACCGAAUGUGUCCUGUUGGCAGUCAUGGCCUAUGACCGCUACCUGGCCAUCUGUGAACCUCUCCGUUAUCCUAGUCUCAUGCCCUUCAGUAUGGCCACUCGUCUUGCUGCUUCCUCUUGGGGUAGUGGCUUCUUCAGCUCCAUGAUGAAGCUUCUUUUCAUUUCCAGAUUGUCAUACUGUGGAUCCAAUAUCAUCAACCACUUUUUCUGUGAUAUCUCUCCACUACUUAACCUCACCUGCUCUAACAAGAAACAAGCAGAACUAGUAGACUUCCUCUUGGCCCUGGUGAUGAUUCUGCUCCCUCUAAUGGCUGUGGUUUCAUCAUAUGCUGCCAUAAUUGCCACUAUCCUGAAGAUUCCUACUGCCCAGGGACGUCACAAAGCCUUUUCCACAUGUGCCUCUCACCUGGCAGUGGUUGUUAUCUACUACUCUUCCACUCUCUUUACCUAUGCACGGCCCCAGGCCAUGUACAUCUUCAACCACAACAAGGUCAUAUCUGUGCUCUAUACUGUCAUUGUACCAUUUCUCAAUCCAGCCAUUUACUGCCUGAGGAACAAGGAAGUAAAGGAUGCCCUCAGAAAGACAGUGCUGCGUAGGUGCCCCUAUUCCAGGGAUAUCCCAGAUUGA